CGAGGAAAGAGACAGCAAAAUGAAUGAAAGCUCUCGUGGUCUCCAAAAAGAACAUAAUGCCCAGAGGGAGCAACAAAAUGAUCGAAGCUCUCGUGUUCGCCGAGGACAUCACAAUGCCCGCAGUGAGCAACAAUAUGCACAAAGCUCUCAUGGACUCUCAAGAGAACACAAUGCCCAGAGGGAGCAACAUUAUGAUCAAAGACAAAUCUUCAAAGAAGAUCAAAGUGGCAAAUUGACUUGCCAUCAAUGUGAACAAAAUGCACAAGAAUAUAAAAAAAGUAUGGCUGAGAUGGAAGCACACUACAAAAAGCAACUUGAAAAGGCAAGAUCUGACCUGAAACAAACUGAGGAAGAAUUCCAAUCGUUCAAAGACAGAGUGGCAGGGGAAAUAUCUCUUUCCAUGAGGACAGGAGACUCAGAGGUCAUGAACAGCCCAGUUAAUAAAGCACGACUGAAAGAGAUGUACGACCAGCUCAAAUACAGAGAGUGGUGUAAAAUCAGAGAUCAUUUGAAAUCAAAUGGUGUCAAGAAAGAGUUUGUCACAGAUUUGAUUAAGAACACAUUUGAGGAUGCAAGAGUGAAAAUGGAGGAGAAGAAGAAGAACAUAGACAAAGUGUUUGAAGUGAAAAAGCCCAGCAGAGGAUCGACACCUCGGAAGGUGGCAGAGUUCAAACAAUUAACAGUUCAAAAUCUUCAGAUGUCUGUGUUUCUUUGUGCAAAAGAAGAUCUUCUAAAGACUCCAUUCCUGGAUCACCAGUGUGAAAACCCCACAAGUGCAAUAAAGGUCACUCUCAGAAAUCUGGCUGCUGAAUGCUACUGGUUGGGCUGUUUGAUGGCUUUAAGCUGUCCUCCUCUUCAGCCAGACUGGGAGAAACAUAUUCCUGGACCAGACGCUUGGAAUAUUUUCCCAUCUGACCUCAAAAAUAUCAAUGACUUAGAAACGGAAACGGAGGCUAUGGAGCAAUAAAGUAAAGAAUCUGUUUGGUUUUGAUGAAGACCAAGUUGACCAGAUGUUUUUCUUUGUUGUGAAUCAUGAAUUUUCAUAUGAAUCAAAACCUGCAUUGUGCUGCAUUGUAUUAAACUGACCACUUACCAGCAUCCACCUUCAUGUAAUCAGACAUGCUAUAUCUAUUAUGAAGUAAAUUUUUAGAUUAUCAUUAAAAAUGAGGAUGAUUUGGGUUUCAUCAGUUUGCUAUCACAUUCAAAGCUUAUGUUUUAUAUCUAAUAAAAGUUGAUAUAUGACUGAUGACUUGGAAAUAAAAUAUUAAACUACCCAUACUACUGC